AUGAUUCUUCAACGUUGGCUUCCAUGCAUUUGUUGUACGUCAUUAUAUCCUGAGAGUCAGUUUCAAAAUGCUGCUAAACAACAUGAAUUAUAUCACGAUGUAGUUGAAGAAAUUACUUCGAUACCAGAAGAUCUAAUAUUAGAUUUUAUAGAACAACGAGCAAUUACAUUAAGUCACAUCUAUAUGAGUAUUAUUUUAAUUCGUGGUCGUCAAACUGCGUUAAAGGGUCAGGUAGUGCAUUUUCAUGUUGAUACAAGUGUAAUUGUUGAUGAGUUAUUACCAUUUCCACGAUGCUAUGAAUUCUUGGCUGUCGUACAGGAAAAACCACAUCAAAAUAAUGAGAUUCGUACUACUGUUAGUUAUUCGUUUAGUCCAGUACAAGUGUUGAAAGCUCUGAAUUAUUUAAAACAAUAUAAUCAUUUAUAUUCACACAAGAAAUUGAUGACAAUAGAAGAGAUUCAAGAAAUUUUCAAAUGUCGUCAAGAAGAUAUUAUACCAAUUCGCAUUAUCGAUAGCUAUGCAUAUAACAAUGCUACUACCACAGUACCAGUUAUUAAUUCACCGGAAACUUUACUUGGACCUAAGUGUAAAAUUGUAUGA